AUGGGUUCCGUCGUUAUUCCUCAUCUUCCCUCCGCCUGGCAUGUCGACCAGGCUAUCCUCUCCGAAGACGAAAGAUUGGUGGUCAUACGAUUUGGCCGCGACUGGGAUCCCGACUGCAUGCGUCAAGAUGAAACUCUGUUCAAAAUAGCGGAGCGUGUGAAAAACUUCGCUGUUAUCUAUGUCUGCGAUAUCGACCAGGUCCCAGACUUCAACCAGAUGUACGAACUAUACGACCCAGUGACGCUCAUGUUCUUCUUCCGCAACAAGCAUAUGAUGUGCGAUUUUGGCACCGGUAACAACAAUAAGCUCAAUUGGGUUCUCGAAGAUAAACAAGAGUUGAUCGAUAUCUUGGAAACAAUCUACAAGGGUGCAAAGAAGGGCAGGGGUUUAGUUGUCUCACCGAAAGACUACUCGACAAGGUACAGAUACUAG